AUGGAAGAUAUGUUGUAUAGCAAGGACUUGUAUGAUCAUAUGGAGGGGGGUAAAUACAAAAAUACCAAAUACGAUGCUGAAUGGAAGAAGCUGAAUCGGAAGGCAGUUGCUUUGAUUGGGCAAUGGCUUGAUCGUAGCGUGUAUCCACAUGUUGACACUGAAACGAAUGCCAAGAAGAUGUGGAAGAAAUUGAAGGAGUUAUAUGAGAGAAAGAAUGUGCAAAACAAAGCAUUCUUGAUUAGAAAACUUGGCAAUAUGAAGUAUAUUGAAGGUAAAUCGAUGUCGGGGCACUUGAACAUUUUUUAG